AUGUCGACGAAACAGGCCUGUUUUUCAAGCUGCUACCUCGACGCAGUGCGUGCGGUGCGGAAUCCACCUGAAACACAAUCAAGUGAUGAAGAUGAGAGCGCUGGGGAUACGAUAGGAAGAAGCGCUAUACCCUCUGUGCUGGAAAUCGCGGAAUUGUUUGGAGAUCUGGAACUUCUGGCAUCUGAGUGCCAAGUUUCAGACGCUUUAUCGCAUCUAAGGUCAGCAAAGCGCGCGUUUCUCACUGCAAAACAUGAUAGAAAACCAACGCCGAUCAGGCAGAUGUUAAUUUCCGAGUGCCUGUAA